GGCAACUUUUCCUUUGCACAGGUUUUGAUAAAUCUCCCCCUACAUAGUGACUAGAUUAUAUUACCAUACUGAUACCGAAUAGGUACUGCUAUACACAGUCAUCACGCCCCCUCCCAUAGACUUGCAUUGAGGGGGCGGGGCGUGACGUCACACGGGGGCAGAGUCAUGACGUCACGAUCUUCCGUAUCCGUGGUCGGGAGCCAGAACCUCCAGCGCUGCCGGAAGCAGAUACAGGAGCUAUCACAAUGGUACUUUCAUUCUGUGAUAAAUUAAUCUUGGCUCCGAUGGUUCGUGUGGGGACUUUGCCAAUGCGUCUUCUCGCUUUAGAUUAUGGUGCGGACAUUGUAUACUGCGAGGAGCUGGUUGAUAUAAAGAUGUUGCAGUGUAAGCGAGUUGUAAAUGAGGUUCUCCAGACAGUGGACUACAUCGCUCCCACAGAGAGAGUCAUUUUUCAGACUUGUGAAAGGGAGAAAGAUCGGGUUGUAUUUCAGAUGGGGACGGCUGAUCCAGAAAGAGCACUGGCUGUAGCCAAACUUAUAGAAAAUGAUGUUGCUGCUAUUGAUAUUAACAUGGGCUGUCCAAAGGAAUAUUCUACCAAGGGUGGUAUGGGAGCAGCCCUUCUAUCAAGUCCAGAAAAAAUCGAGAAAAUAUUAAAAACCUUAGUGGAUGGAAUUACCAAGCCAGUGACGUGUAAAAUACGCAUCCUUCCUACUCUUGAAGAAACUGUCAAUCUGGUGAAGAUAAUUGAGAGAACUGGUGUGGCAGCUAUUGCAGUUCAUGGAAGGAAAAAAGAGGAAAGGCCGCAGCAUCCUGUCCAUUGUGAUUAUAUAAAGGCCAUAUCUGAGGCUGUAUCAAUUCCGGUUAUUGCCAAUGGAGGCUCACAAGAACUUAUACGAGAGUUUCAAGACAUAGAAGCAUUUCGAUCAGUCACAGCUGCUUCCUCUGUAAUGAUUGCACGAGCAGCCAUGUGGAAUCCUUCAGUUUUCAGAAGAGCGGGUCCUCUGCCUCUAGAAGAUGUCAUGCGAGAUUAUAUUAGACAUGCAGUUAUGUACAACAAUCACUACACAAAUACUAAAUACUGUCUGUGCCAAAUGAUGCGAGACCAACUUGAAUCUCCUCUGGGUAGAAAACUUCAUGCAACACAGUCAACACUGGAUAUUUGUGAAGUAUUUGAAAUGACUUCGUUUUACGAGAGCUGCCAAAUGUCUCAAGAAGCCAGUAAAGCAUCUCUAAAUAUCAAUGUUCAAGACACUCUGGAAACAGAUGACAAUGAAGAAAAUCGUGACACGGUUCAAAUGCCUGUAAGGUUUGAAAGAAAAGACUACCUUCCUCAGAUUACGCCUAAAAUGUUUCUCUUGGAAUGGUGCAGGAAGGAAGCAUUGCCUCAACCAGUUUACCAUACAGUUCAGAGAUCACUGGAUAAAUUUUUCCACUCUGUGGUCACUGUGAAUGAAAAGAAAUAUUGUUCGACUCUGUGGGACAAGUCAAAGAAGUUAGCAGAACAGGCUGCAGCCAUUGUAUGUCUUCGAACAUUAGGGCUUCCAGAAGGAAAGCUUGGUGAGCAAGAAAGUGAUCUUAUUCGGAAGAGAAAAAGGGGAACUGUGGAUGAAAGUGUUAAUCUAACAGGUCAACAAGGUGGAGAGCAGGUUAAGAAGAGACUUCAUAACAACAAAAAUUUUGAUGACUCAAAAGAUUAGCUGUAGAUGUUAUACCAUACCCUAGUUAUGAAUGCACAUUUUAUUUUAACUGUUUAUUUUUGCAAUAUUUUUAUCAAAUAAAUUAUGCAAACAACUAAAACAUAACUUUAGUGAGUAUGACGUA